AUGGAACCGAGCUUGGCCACUAUGGAACCGAGUUUGGCCACUAUGGAACCGAGCUCGACCAACAUUGGCCAACGAUCAGCCAACACUAUAUCGGGACGCCGCGCAAGCACACUUAGAAAAAACCACUUUUAUAAUAUACGGCGAGCUAUCAUCUACUAUCGUGAACAUUAUAUAUUAACCAACAACGAAAACUGUCAGCUGGCUGACUUCACUAUACUUACCACCGGUUCGGUACUACAUACAGACAGUUCAGAGUAUUCGCGAGAACUACGUUCAGACUAUCCGUGUGUAGUCAGCGAGCUGGAGCGAAUGCCUCACGUACAACUUGCUACUACUGCGGCUAGGGCAUAG